AUGAGUUACGAUAUAUCCCAGCAGUUCAUCGAAUUUCGUAAGCAAAUUAUGAACAAAACCUUGACCACUCCAGCAACAAACACCAGCAAAAUACAAACCAUUUCAACCCCAUCGAAGAAACAAGAAUUUUCAGUUGACAUACUCAAAUAAUCAAUCUGCAAAAACGUUAAACGUCUUAAAGUCAAAUCCGCUAUUUCAAGUACGCACAUCAAUUAUUUAUCCCCAGACAUCCCCUUGAGUCCACAGAAGCAAAAAGCUACAUCCCCAAUUAAAAAAUAACCUUACAAAAGUCCUUAAAGAUUGAACCAAAAUGAACCACUCAGAAGUCCAAAUAAACAAAUUUACAGCAGCACAUCCAAAAGCUAAUAGUCUCAACUGAACACUUUUCAAAUGCCCCAAACUUAUCGAUAAUCAGAUUAUAUUGAUCAACAAAGCCAAAUCAAAUUGUACUCUUCAAAAUACUAGAAGAUAAUGAAUGAAGAACAAGGACUCUAUUAUAGCCAAUUGUAAACCAAAUUAGAUCAACUUUCCUCUAUUAUUGGCAAUCAAGAUGAUAGACAAAGAAACCUACUUGAAAUUGACAAUAUGAUUAAUCAAUCCAAACAAAUCAAUGCUAAAUCUAGAGUCUAAAAACACCUAGAUAGUUUGCAAUUUGAAAGCAAAGCAUUGUAAAGCGAUCUAAACACUAUUAAGACUAAAAUAUCGAGAUUUUCUGAUUUUACUGAUAAUUGA